AUGCUGUUCGCGAACUUUUCCAGUAAUGAGACAGACAGCAACGAGACCCCUCUCCAUACCCCUGCGCACAUUCCCACGACCGCAUCUAUGCAGGAAAUUGUCGGUCGCUACUGGGCUCGCAUGGCCUACCAGGAUAUUGGCCACACCAUCGCCCAGAAAGCAUUCCUAAACAAACGCAAUAGACUGAAUUAUGCGAACUUGGAUACUAAAAGUGAAGGUGUUUAUGUGGCCAAACCAGUUCGCGGUCCUCAGUACAUGGGCGCCAACAUCAUCCACUUUACUCCGCUCAGUUUGUUGGUACAGCGUCUGAGAUAA